AUCAUGCUCUGAGAGAGAGACCGCGGCGUUAUUGAGAUCCCUGAGCAGCACUUUGGCGCGCGCACUAUCCCACGGUAUCAGGAGAUGAAGGAGGCCUUGGAAAUGAGCUUUCGAGCGCUACGCCCAGGAGGAGCAGCUGAAGGACCAGGAGGAGAUAAAAGAGGAAGAGGAAGAGGAGGAAGACAGCGGUUCCGUGGUCCAACUCCAGAGCAGCAAUGACCCCGGGACAGACGAGGAGCUAGACAUGGGCCCGGAGCCAAAGGGCUGCUUCAGCUACCAGAACUCCCCAGGCAGCCACUUGUCCAACCAGGACGCGGAGAGCGAGUCUCUGCUGAGCGACGCCAGUGACCCCGUGUCCGACGUCAAGAGCGUGUGCGGCCGGGAUGCCCCGGACAAGACAGCCGGCGCUCGGCCCAAGCUGCCCGGGGAAGCCCACAACUGCAUGGACAAAAUGACGGCCGUCUACGCCAACAUCUUGUCUGAUUCCUACUGGUCGGGUCUGGGCCUGGGCUUCAAGCUGUCCAACAGCGACAGGCGGCAUUGUGACACCCGAAAUGGCAGCAGCAAGACGGAUUUUGAUUGGCACCAAGACGCUCUGUCCAAAAGCCUGCAGCAGAACCUGCCCUCCAGGUCAGUGUCGAAGCCCAGCCUGUUCAGCUCGGUGCAGCUGUACCGGCAGAGCAGCAAGGCGUGCGGGAGCGUCUUCACCGGGGCCAGCAGGUUCCGCUGCCGCCAGUGCAGCGCCGCCUACGACACCCUGGUCGAGCUGACCGUGCACAUGAACGAGACGGGCCAUUACCAAGACGACAACCGCAAAAAAGACAAGCUUCGGCCCCUGAGCUACUCCAAGCCCCGCAAGCGGGCCUUCCAGGACAUGGACAAGGAGGACGCCCAGAAGGUGCUGAAGUGCAUGUUCUGUGGCGACUCUUUCGACUCCCUCCAGGAUUUGAGCGUCCACAUGAUCAAAACGAAACAUUACCAAAAAGUGCCUUUGAAGGAGCCAGUCCCCACCAUUUCAUCAAAAAUGGUCGCUCCAGCGAAGAAACGCGUCUUUGAUGUCAACCGGCCAUGUUCCCCGGACUCCACCACGGGGUCGUUCGCAGACUCGUUUUCGUCCCCGAAGAGCAGCAGCCUGCAGCUGUCCUCCAACAACCGCUACGGCUACCAGAACGGCGCCAGCUACACCUGGCAGUUCGAGGCCUGCAAGUCCCAGAUCCUAAAGUGCAUGGAGUGUGGGAGCUCCCACGACACCUUGCAGCAGCUCACCACCCACAUGAUGGUCACAGGCCACUUUCUCAAGGUCACCAGCUCUGCCUCCAAGAAAGGGAAGCAGCUGGUGUUAGACCCGCUGGCGGUGGAGAAAAUGCAGUCUUUGUCGGACGCGCCGAACAGUGAUUCUCUGGCUCCCAAGCCAUCAAGUAACUCAGCUUCCGACUGUGCAGCUUCCACGACUGAGAUAAAGAAGGAGAGUAAGAAAGAAAAGCCAGAGGAGGCCAACCAGGAGGAGAAAGCCGUGAAAAGCGAGGACUAUGAAGACCCUCUACAAAAGCCUUUAGACCCCACAAUAAAGUAUCAGUACCUGCGGGAGGAGGAUCUGGAAGACGGCUCCAAGGGUGGAGGGGACAUCCUGAAGUCACUGGAAAACACCGUCACCACCGCCAUCAACAAGGCCCAGAAUGGGGCUCCCAGCUGGAGCGCGUACCCCAGCAUCCACGCCGCCUACCAACUGUCGGAGGGCACCAAGGCCUCCUUGCCUCUGGGCUCCCAGGUGCUGCAGAUGCGGCCUAACCUCACCAACAAGUUGAGGCCGAUUGCUCCCAAGUGGAAAGUCAUGCCCCUGGUUUCCGUGCCCACGAACCUGGCCCCGUACACUCAAGUGAAGAAGGAGCCAGAAGACAGAGAGGAAAUGGUGAAGGAGUGUGGGAAGGAAAGUCCCCGCGAAGAGGCCUCAUCUUUCAGCCACAGUGAGGGCGAGUCCUGCUCCAACAGCGAACCCCCUUCCGAAUCCAAAAAGGCUGAGCCUUGUCCCCCGAAGGAGGAGGACAAGCCGAUGAAAGAGGGCGGUGAGAAGGAGAAACCCCAGCCCCUGGAGCCAGCGUCUCCCCUCAGCAAUGGGUGCGCCCUCGCCAACCACGCGUCGGCCCUGCCGUGCAUCAACCCGCUCAGCGCGCUGCAGUCCGUCCUGAACAACCACCUGGGCAAAGCCACGGAGCCCCUGCGCUCCCCUUCCUGCUCCAGCCCCAGCUCAAGCACAAUCUCUAUGUUUCACAAGUCAAGUCUCAGUGCCAUGGACAAGCCGGCCUUGAGUCCUGCCACCGUGAGGCCGGCCAGCGUGUCCAGGCGCUACCUGUUUGAGAACAACGAUCAGCCCAUCGAUCUGACCAAGUCCAAAAGCAAGAAAGCCGAGUCCUCGCAAGCACAAUCCUGCACGUCCCCACCUCAGAAGCAUGCUCUGUCUGACAUCGCCGACAUGGUCAAAGUCCUCCCCAAAGCCACCACCCCGAAGCCCGCCGCUUCCUCCAGGGUCCCGCCCAUGAAGCUGGAAGUGGACGUCAGGCGCUUCGAGGAUGUCUCCAGUGAAGUCUCGACGUUGCAUAAAAGAAAGGGCCGGCAGUCCAACUGGAACCCUCAGCACCUUCUGAUCCUGCAGGCUCAGUUUGCCUCCAGCCUCUUCCAGACGUCGGAGGGCAAGUACCUGCUGUCCGACCUGGGCCCCCAAGAGCGAAUGCAGAUCUCAAAGUUUACGGGACUCUCGAUGACCACCAUCAGCCACUGGCUGGCCAACGUCAAGUACCAGCUUAGGAAAACGGGAGGGACGAAAUUUCUGAAAAACAUGGACAAAGGCCACCCCAUCUUUUAUUGUAGUGACUGUGCCUCCCAGUUCAGAACCCCUUCUACCUACAUCAGCCACUUAGAAUCUCACCUCGGUUUCCAAAUGAAGGACAUGACCCGCAUGGCCGUGGAGCAGCAAGGCAAGGUGGACCAAGAGAUCUCCCGGGUGUCGUCGGCUCAGAGGUCUCCGGAAACCAUAGCUGGCGAAGAGGACACAGACUCUAAGUUCAAGUGUAAGUUGUGCUCUCGGACAUUUGUGAGCAAACAUGCAGUAAAACUCCACCUAAGCAAAACGCACAGCAAGUCACCCGAACACCACUCUCAGUUUGUAACAGACGUGGACGAAGAAUAGCUCUGCAGGUAUGGGUUUGCUCCCAGGUGGUGUGACGGUGGCCUUGGAGGAGUUCCUUGAAGGGAGAUGGGUCUCUUAGGCAGCUAACGUCUCCCCGUACCAGAGGCCAGUAGCCUGCUGGAAUAGGACUUAGUUUUACAAAGACUAGAACCUGAUAAAUAAGUCCUAUCUGUUCUCUCAUUCUCUCCACUGUAGACUUGGGCAUUAGCAUGAAAUGGGUUUAGGGAGAUGGAGCUCAGAGGUUCCCGCUUCAUGAUUCGUGAUCCCCGUAGUUUCCCAAGGCCCAGCUUGCCAGGGCCGCCCAAGGCUACACGUCAUUUUAAUUAGUAAGUACUAAUUUCUCUCCCAUCCCAUUUCACCACCUCCCCUGCCCAUAGGAAUGCUAAUGACUUAGAAAGUGAGACAGAAAAGGCCAUCCACAGAAUAAAGACUGUAGAGUUCCUGGGGGCAGCCACUGUGCAGAUUUCUUAAUCAGCUUAUGAGUAGUUUAAAGUUGUCUUUAUCAUCAUUACUUGUAAUCAAUGCUUUUUGCAGCUACUGUCAGCACUCGCUCCCUUCUGCCCCCUUCCCUUUGCUCAUUCCUCCCUUAGGCUUCCCGUGAAUGAGCAUCUGCCCUGAAGUCAAAUGGUAGAAAAUAGUAUUCUCUGCACAACACUGAGAUGAAAAGAGAGGAGGCUUAUCUUCUUCUCUCAUCUUCCGUUUUCCCUAGGAUAGACUAAUUCCAGAGUCCACCUGUACGGAAGAUGGGUGCGAUGCAUGCCCUUGACAUUGUAUUUUACAGAAAGAAGCAAGUGACUUUCUGCCCACCCAUUGCCAAUGCACAUGGGUCUCCCAGCUUCAAGAUGACUUGCAUCAUGUAUCAUAGAAGCUCUGUGCCUUGUAGAGUCACCAGUGCCCAGACUGUCAAUGUCGUCCCAGAAAGAGGGCAGAGGCCAAGGUCAGAUACCUUGGCAGACUAGUCACACUGGCCAUCUUCAAAUAUGUUCGAGGCUGGGUCUUAAAUCCCCUUUCUCUCAGUUUGAAUCUUCUCUGCUGCCUUUUCUCUUCCCUCCAUCAUGACACCGCCCCAUGUGUUAGGGACCCUCACAUAUAUUCAGGGUGUCUUCCACCACAGGCCACACCCCACGCUGACUUAAAGCUUUGGCAUUUGCUGGUCGAGUCUAUGUUAUGCUAGGUUACAGAUGAGCUCUUUUGAUUAUUCUCAAUAAGACAUGAACAGCUAUGAAUAACAAGGUAGAAGCCCUCACCAUCUCCAAUGGUCAGAGUGUUUGUUUUUCAAUAGGAGGCUUUCAGGUCAAGCCACAGAGGUAUGAGCACUAGCAGGGUCCAGGUGGAGACAGGUGUGUAUAUAACAUGGCUUCAGGCUCACUUCCCAACAGGGAGGGAGGCUGGCAGAGUAUGAGAUGGUCACAUGAAAUAAAGGGUUAAAACGUCGGAUCUGGGACUUUCAGUGAAAAUAUCUAAGACCUUGUGAUAAAGGGUAUGCCAUCCCAUAAUUCCAAUGGCUCUCUGGGCUCCAAUGAAGACUAUUGUUUUGUUUGCAUGUUUUUAUCAUGAUAAUUAAAACGUGUUACUGGCAGAUUCAUCUCUUGCUUUCUAAGCAUGAUUUGUUCAGCUCGUACUAUUGAAAGAAACGCUGAAAAUCAUCUAUUGAAUCUACACAUGAGCUUGGAGCUCGGCAAAUCUAUUUAUUUGCUCUAUAACAUUUUAAGUUUUAUGUAACUUGCUAUUACGCUUUUCUGGUCCUUCCAAAACAAAUGGUGAAUAUACACAGAAUAUCCAAAGAGAAGAGACAUGUUGCCAAUCCCAUAGUAGUAGGUUCAAAUCAUGGUGAAAAGGACAAAUAGGUAAUGUUUAUUUGUGCUACAAUAAAGACCAAUUUUCCACCUGCUAGGUUUGUAAUCAUUUUUUAAAUUAAUAUCACUGCCCAAACAUUGUGAUGUGGAAGUGGAGGGGGGGGGAGAAAAAGAAAGCCAGCCAUGGUCAAAAUCCGAAAUGUGCUUACCUGUUCUAGGGAAGCAAAGGUAAACCAAUAGUUGGGGGGAAACCCACACAAAAGGUACUGACAGCUGUUAAAUGCGUAGAUAGGAGAGCUCUGUUCCUCAUCUCUCUGCAUUUGUUCAGGAAUAAAUAUCUCUGGUUUGGUCUUUUGGAGCCCAUAUUACAGGGUUAUCCUUCUGUGAAAUCUGCUCCAUCCUGACAGAGACACCGUGAGUCUGAGAUUCUGAGGGGGGGCACCGCAGAAACACAGGUUUGAGUAUUUGGGACUCAUUUCAAGCCAUUGGAGUGUGCGUGUGCUGUGUGACCAUGAAAUCGGUGCGGGUGUUAAGUGUGUUUAUGGUGUUCUAAACAUAGGCCCAUCUGCCGGAACGGUUUCCCAUGGCACAAAGGUGGCUUUCAGAGGCUUUGGUCACUUAGAAAAGAAUCCCUGAGCCCUCGGAUCCUCUUUUGGAACAAUAUUUAUGCCAGACCUUGCCCACUGCUUAGAAUGAUGCAUAUAUGGUUUUAAAUGAUCGCCGAACGAGAUCACUGCUAUCUGGAACUCUGAUUCUCAUUGGUGUGCGCAACAGCAUAAAUCGCACAAAAUGACGUGGCAUUUUAGAAAGCAUGAUCAAGAUUUUGCGAGAAAGUUGGGGGCUUUACUGUAUCUAUAUUCCCUAUAGGAUGCCAAUUUUGACCUGAAUUUUCUUUCCAUUCUUGGGUAUGUCUUAAAUCCUGCAAAUUGCUCUGCCAAAUGUUAAAUACCACUUUUCAUUAAAUAAUAAUUAGCAAAUAUUAAAUGUGCAUCCCUAUUUUAGGAGAGCAGUAAUGUGAAAGUAUUUCAAUUGGUAUUGGUAUAUACUGUACCUUUAAAAACCACAUGCUCUUAAACAAUAGAAAUUAAAUAAAAAGCAAAUUAAUGAAUCUAAAAUUCAUAAGGACUUGAAAUUUUAGUCAUUACCAUGUGAUAUGGUGUAUACAUUUAGCAGCACAUUUAGCCUUGAAAUCGGUGGCAGGAAUGAAUUCUAGUCCAAUGAGCUGCCACCUUUGAUGUGGAUGAUUUAAUAAAAAUCCAUGUUCAUGGUGAACAGCAUGUAAGGUUGCCAGAUAAAACAUAGGAUGUCCGGUUUAAUUUGAAGUUCAAAUAACUGAAAAACAUGGGUGUUUUUUUUUUCAGUUAAAAUGUGUGUGUGUUUUUUUCAGUUCAGGAUAAGUGUGUCCCAAAUAGUACAGUAGCCAUAUUUAUACUAAAAAAAAAA